AUGUUGCUUGGGCAGUGCGAUAGCAUUGUUUGGGCAUCAAUCCAAAUAUCGAGCAGCGGGAGGGGGGUUGGGCUGCGACAAGGGAGUGUCACAGCCCCAGGAACGUUGUGUUCACAACUGGCUGGGCGCGACGCCGUCUCAGUCGAAAGCAAAGUAGACCCGCCGGCUGGCCUCAGAUGCCGUGAUGGCAGAGGUCAGAGCGCUUCCCUCAUGGCAUGGACAGCUGCCAUUCUGGUGAGGCACUUCCUGAUCUUUGCCUUGGGCAAGGCAGACAUCGCCUUGCCGUCCUCGGUGGUGGUCCAUGGCCGCCGGGGGCGUAACAGCAACAUCAAUGGUGUGUACAUACGAGACUCAGCGUGCGAGGGGCGUGCGAGCGCUUGCUACAGACGACCGGACCACGCUGGCGGUCAGCCGAUUUUCUUAUAUUUCGAAGGGGAGUGGCGCCUUGGACUGUCGCCAGAUGACGGCAGUGUCUGGGCAUUUGCCCGCAGCGUGUCCCCUUCGCCACUGCUCAUAGACCGUUCCUGGGAGGUGUGGGAUGGCCAACGUGUUGUUCAAGAUCCACACCUUAGAGUCAGCGAUCUUUCCUUGAUACCGCAGGUGCUUCUCCUGUCCUUCGAUAACUCGCUCGGCCUUCAGCAAAUCCAGGGUGUGCUGAUGCAACAACCUGGGCUGUGGGACGGCAGGCCCUACUACAAGCAUACUGCUUACCAGGAGCUUUAUCUUCUUUGUUCCGUGGCCGAAGGCCACUGGCGCUUGGGGCCUUUGCCCCUUCAAGCAGCUCCUGGAAGGCCAUCAGGUCCGGUGCGGCCCCUUCUACUUUCACGCAGCCCGGCUACAUUGCCACAGGAGAUCGUUGAGCCCUGGAUGUUUCCCGGCAUGGAAGCGCUGCCGGAAGGCGCCAUGAGGCUCACGCCAGUAGAUGGAGUGCCACUUCCCCGCCCUGUGGCACAUCCCAGGCAUGUUGUCAUCGAAGGGCUAGCAGCUGGCAAAGGGGUUGGCAACGGCGUGUACAGACUUGUCUCUGAGUCGAAUGGCAAGCCAGUGUACAACAAGGCGGAUGCUGUGCGCGCCGCAUCGCUGUGGUUUGCGCGUGGCGAUUGGCGCAUCGGACCUUCCGUUGAAGACGGAAGAGUUUGGGCUCAUGCCACUGCGGACUUGCCAUCCGACGCAAGCUGGAAAGCCGACGAUGGUUCUGCAGAGGAGGUGCGAAUUCUUGAUGCAAGAGUGGCUAUACCACACAGCAUCACGAUCAGCGGCACCGAAUUUGUGCAGGAGAGCCGUCUUUGUGAUGCUCGGCCAGUCUACGGAGCCACCUUGCCAAAGGCAACCAGUGGGGAUGCGAAGGAAGCUAUAAAGGUGUUUCUCUAUUUCAGAGCCCAUGAAUCCGAAUGGUGGCUGGGUCCAGAGGUCGGGGGAAGCGAAUGCCUGGCCCGGGCCAGGGGGUCGCUCUUCCACGUCAUUCCACCAGAGACUUUGAAGUGGCACAUGGAAGCCAUGGAAGCCACGGAAGUGGAAGCCAUGUCGCCCAGAGGCUGGCUUUUGCCAGAGAGCGACCUCGACAUCAAGCCUGAUGAGGUUCCUGACAUUUCGAGCUUCUUGGGGCUUGUGUGCUCCUUGGCGACGGCAAUGAGCGGCAUAGCGCUUUGGAGCCUUCGCGGGUCUUGGAUCACAGGGGCAAAGAAGAGUCGAAGUCACCAAAGCAAGUCGGAGACGGAGCUGGCGUGUGUCGUUUGCCUCGAGGCGCCAAGGCAAAUUCUGCUGAUGCCCUGCCGACACGUUUGCUGCUGCAAGGAGUGCUCGGAGCGCUUGGAGCGCUGCCCUAUGUGCCGAACUGAGACUACUAGCUUGGCAGAAGUCUUUUUGUGA